CGUGUCUGACCCAUCAGUUUGAAGUAGAUCAUUUCCGUAGCCAUUCUGGCUCAAGCCAUUCUGACUCAAGGCAAGAUAUCAAACAACAAGGCGCUGCUGCAUUGAACCACCAAGUUUGCAACAGCAGAAGAUGCGCGGAAUUGUCUUCACACUCGGAUGCGCUAUUGCAGUCGCCGCAGGCAGCACGAAUUGUUCUGAUGGCACGGGGCAGACGUCCUUCGACAUGUACAUGCCUUACCACGAUGUUAACAUCACGGUGCCUGCCAUCGACCAGACCGUGGCCGAGUACGAGUACGCUGGCGACAACGCACUGGUUGCCAUCCCAGCCGCGUGUUACAAGAAAGAGGCGGAGUUCUUCGGCUCGGCGUCCAACUUCGCGGACCGCGCACCGGACGGUCCGGACGGCAUGUUCUAUUUCCGCAUCAGCGACCCAGACACGGAGUACGCGAAAUUGGCGAGCAUGACGGAUUGUUCGAGCGGGCUGGUGGUGUUGUUGCACGGCACGUCAGGGGUGAUUUGGAACCCGGUGUCCUACGCCGCCACGCUUUCGGGGCUCGGGUGGGUGGUGGUGCUCCCCGACAGCCAGUCGCAGCCGGCUGAGAUGGGGUACAAGGGCGCCAUCAGUUUGAAGAACACAUCAGAGAUCGACACCUCCAACUACUGCGGCGCCAUGGAUGCUUACAACGAGCGUGCGAGCACUUGGUCGAAGCCGUUCAUGUACUCCACCAGUGCGGAGAACAUCCUCAACAACGGCGCCAAGUACGCCGAGUACAUGGAGCGCAACUACCGCAUCCGAGCGCUGGAGAUGGACGCGUUCGUGUCCAAACGCGAGAGCCUGCUGUCUGCAUUCUUCACAGCCUCCAAGGUGUUCCUGCUGGGCCGCAGCGAGGGCGGCGCGGUGGCCGGGCGCUACUACAACGAGGCCCUGCACAGCAAGCUGAGCGGCAUCAUCCUCUCGGGGUGGAGCUGCGACUUUAACUACUUUGUGAGCUGCGCAGAGAAUGCGCUCAUCUGCGAGGACCGGUGCUCCAAGGACAUCCCCGUGCUGAAUGUGGUGGGGGAGACCGACUCCUACUUCGCUUCGAGCAGCUCCGUGUCCGCGGACGUGGCGGCGGGCGCGACCGGGUACGGCGGCCCCAUCACUGGCAAUUGCAAGGCGGCCAUGGACGCGCAGGGCUUCUCCGGCCACGUGGUGGUCAUGGAGGGCGCGGGGCACAGCUUCCUCUACACGCACGACAACGCGUGGCGCUCCGUGCUGGGCGACUUCUUGGCCUGCCCCACUGCCACGUCCCUGCCGUCCUUGCAGAGGCCCGGGUGCCAGGAGCAGGACGGAGUCUACACCUGCGAUGCCCUCAGCGAGUCGUCCCCGUGCGUCGACUGGGAAGUGAACACGUCCGUGGCCCUCGUCGGGGCAAUCUCGGGCAGCUGCGUCGCAGAAUGUUCUGAUGGCACGGGGCAGACGUCCUUCGACAUGUACAUGCCCUACCACGAUGUGAGCAUAACGGUGCCUGCCAUCGACCAGACCGUGGCCAAGUACGAGUACGCUGGCGACAACGCACUGGUUGCCAUCCCAGCCGCGUGUUACCAGAAAGAGGCGGAGUUCUUCGGCUCGGCGUCCAACUUCGCGGACCGCGCACCGGACGGUCCGGACGGCAUGUUCUAUUUCCGCAUCAGCGACCCAGACACGGAGUACGCGAAAUUGGCGAGCAUGACGGAUUGUUCGAGCGGGCUGGUGGUGUUGUUGCACGGCACGUCAGGGGUGAUUUGGAACCCGGUGUCCUACGCCGCCACGCUUUCGGGGCUCGGGUGGGUGGUGGUGCUCCCCGACAGCCAGUCGCAGCCGGCUGAGAUGGGGUACAAGGGCGCCAUCAGUUUGAAGAACACAUCAGAGAUCGACACCUCCAACUACUGCGGCGCCAUGGAUGCUUACAACGAGCGUGCGAGCACUUGGUCGAAGCCGUUCAUGUACUCCACCAGUGCGGAGAACAUCCUCAACAACGGCGCCAAGUACGCCGAGUACAUGGAGCGCAACUACCGCAUCCGAGCGCUGGAGAUGGACGCGUUCGUGUCCAAACGCGAGAGCCUGCUGUCUGCAUUCUUCACAGCCUCCAAGGUGUUCCUGCUGGGCCGCAGCGAGGGCGGCGCGGUGGCCGGGCGCUACUACAACGAGGCCCUGCACAGCAAGCUGAGCGGCAUCAUCCUCUCGGGGUGGAGCUGCGACUUUAACUACUUUGUGAGCUGCGCAGAGAAUGCGCUCAUCUGCGAGGACCGGUGCUCCAAGGACAUCCCCGUGCUGAAUGUGGUGGGGGAGACCGACUCCUACUUCGCUUCGAGCAGCUCCGUGUCCGCGGACGUGGCGGCGGGCGCGACCGGGUACGGCGGCCCCAUCACUGGCAAUUGCAAGGCGGCCAUGGACGCGCAGGGCUUCUCCGGCCACGUGGUGGUCAUGGAGGGCGCGGGGCACAGCUUCCUCUACACGCACGACAACGCGUGGCGCUCCGUGCUGGGCGACUUCUUGGCCUGCCCCACUGCCACGUCCCUGCCGUCCUUGCAGAGGCCCGGGUGCCAGGAGCAGGACGGAGUCUACACCUGCGAUGCCCUCAGCGAGUCGUCCCCGUGCGUCGACUGGGAAGUGAACACGUCCGUGGCCCUCGUCGGGGCAAUCUCGGGCAGCUGCGUCGCAGAAUGUUCUGAUGGCACGGGGCAGACGUCCUUCGACAUGUACAUGCCCUACCACGAUGUGAGCAUAACGGUGCCUGCCAUCGACCAGACCGUGGCCAAGUACGAGUACGCUGGCGACAACGCACUGGUUGCCAUCCCAGCCGCGUGUUACCAGAAAGAGGCGGAGUUCUUCGGCUCGGCGUCCAACUUCGCGGACCGCGCACCGGACGGUCCGGACGGCAUGUUCUAUUUCCGCAUCAGCGACCCAGACACGGAGUACGCGAAAUUGGCGAGCAUGACGGAUUGUUCGAGCGGGCUGGUGGUGUUGUUGCACGGCACGUCAGGGGUGAUUUGGAACCCGGUGUCUUACGCCGCCACGCUUUCGGGGCUCGGGUGGGUGGUGGUGCUCCCCGACAGCCAGUCGCAGCCGGCUGAGAUGGGGUACAAGGGCGCCAUCAGUUUGAAGAACACGUCAGAGAUUGACACUUCCAACUACUGCGGCGCCAUGGAUGCUUACAACGAGCGUGCGAGCACUUGGUCGAAGCCGUUCAUGUACUCCACCAGUGCGGAGAACAUCCUCAACAACGGCGCUAAGUACGCCGAGUACAUGGAGCGCAACUACCGUAUCCGAGCGCUGGAGAUGGACGCGUUCGUGUCCAAACGCGAGAGCCUGCUGUCUGCAUUCUUCACAGCCUCCAAGGUGUUCCUGCUGGGCCGCAGCGAGGGCGGCGCGGUGGCCGGGCGGCCAUGGAGUGGCAGGGCUUCGGCGGCCACGGUGUUGGUCAUGGAGGGCGCGGGGGGCGACAGCUUCCUCUACCGCACGAACAACGCGUGGCGCUCCGGCUGGGGGCGACUUCUUGUGGCUGCCCCACAUGCCACGUCCCUGCCGUCCUUGCAGAGGCCCGGGUGCCAGGAGCAGGACGGAGUCUACACCUGCGAUGCCCUCAGCGAGUCGUCCCCGUGCGUCGACUGGGAAGUGAACACGUCCGUGGCCCUCGUCGGGGCAAUCUCGGGCAGCUGCGUCGCAGAAUGUUCUGAUGGCACGGGGCAGACGUCCUUCGACAUGUACAUGCCCUACCACGAUGUGAGCAUAACGGUGCCUGCCAUCGACCAGACCGUGGCCAAGUACGAGUACGCUGGCGACAACGCACUGGUUGCCAUCCCAGCCGCGUGUUACCAGAAAGAGGCGGAGUUCUUCGGCUCGGCGUCCAACUUCGCGGACCGCGCACCGGACGGUCCGGACGGCAUGUUCUAUUUCCGCAUCAGCGACCCAGACACGGAGUACGCGAAAUUGGCGAGCAUGACGGAUUGUUCGAGCGGGCUGGUGGUGUUGUUGCACGGCACGUCAGGGGUGAUUUGGAACCCGGUGUCUUACGCCGCCACGCUUUCGGGGCUCGGGUGGGUGGUGGUGCUCCCCGACAGCCAGUCGCAGCCGGCUGAGAUGGGGUACAAGGGCGCCAUCAGUUUGAAGAACACGUCAGAGAUUGACACCUCCAACUACUGCGGCGCCAUGGAUGCUUACAACGAGCGUGCGAGCACUUGGUCGAAGCCGUUCAUGUACUCCACCAGUGCGGAGAACAUCCUCAACAACGGCGCUAAGUACGCCGAGUACAUGGAGCGCAACUACCGUAUCCGAGCGCUGGAGAUGGACGCGUUCGUGUCCAAACGCGAGAGCCUGCUGUCUGCAUUCUUCACAGCCUCCAAGGUGUUCCUGCUGGGCCGCAGCGAGGGCGGCGCGGUGGCCGGGCGCUACUACAACGAGGCCCUGCACAGCAAGCUGAGCGGCAUCAUCCUCUCGGGGUGGAGCUGCGACUUUAACUACUUUGUGAGCUCCUCAGAGAAUGCGCUCAUCUGCGAGGACCGGUGCUCCAAGGACAUCCCCGUGCUGAAUGUGGUGGGGGAGACCGACUCCUACUUCGCUUCGAGCAGCUCCGUGUCCGCGGACGUGGCGGCGGGCGCGACCGGGUACGGCGGCCCCAUCACUGGCAAUUGCAAGGCGGCCAUGGACGCGCAGGGCUUCUCCGGCCACGUGGUGGUCAUGGAGGGCGCGGGGCACAGCUUCCUCUACACGCACGACAACGCGUGGCGCUCCGUGCUGGGCGACUUCUUGGCCUGCCCCACUGCCACGUCCCUGCCGUCUUUGCAGAGGCCCGGGUGCCAGGAGCAGGACGGAGUCUACACCUGCGAUGCCCUCAGCGAGUCGUCCCCGUGCGUCGACUGGGAAGUGAACACGUCCGUGGCCCUCGUCGGGGCAAUCUCGGGCAGCUGCGUCGCAGAAUGUUCUGAUGGCACGGGGCAGACGUCCUUCGACAUGUACAUGCCCUACCACGAUUACGAGUACGCUGGCGACAACGCACUGGUUGCCAUCCCAGCCGCGUGUUACCAGAAAGAGGCGGAGUUCUUCGGCUCGGCGUCCAACUUCGCGGACCGCGCGCCGGACGGUCCGGACGGCAUGUUCUAUUUCCGCAUCAGCGACCCAGACACGGAGUACGCGAAAUUGGCGAGCAUGACGGAUUGUUCGAGCGGGCUGGUGGUGUUGUUGCACGGCACGUCAGGGGUGAUUUGGAACCCGGUGUCUUACGCCGCCACGCUUUCGGGGCUCGGGUGGGUGGUGGUGCUCCCCGACAGCCAGUCGCAGCCGGCUGAGAUGGGGUACAAGGGCGCCAUCAGUUUGAAGAACACGUCAGAGAUUGACACCUCCAACUACUGCGGCGCCAUGGAUGCUUACAACGAGCGUGCGAGCACUUGGUCGAAGCCGUUCAUGUACUCCACCAGUGCGGAGAACAUCCUCAACAACGGCGCUAAGUACGCCGAGUACAUGGAGCGCAACUACCGUAUCCGAGCGCUGGAGAUGGACGCGUUCGUGUCCAAACGCGAGAGCCUGCUGUCUGCAUUCUUCACAGCCUCCAAGGUGUUCCUGCUGGGCCGCAGCGAGGGCGGCGCGGUGGCCGGGCGCUACUACAACGAGGCCCUGCACAGCAAGCUGAGCGGCAUCAUCCUCUCGGGGUGGAGCUGCGACUUUAACUACUUUGUGAGCUGCGCAGAGAAUGCGCUCAUCUGCGAGGACCGGUGCUCCAAGGACAUCCCCGUGCUGAAUGUGGUGGGGGAGACCGACUCCUACUUCGCUUCGAGCAGCUCCGUGUCCGCGGACGUGGCGGCGGGCGCGACCGGGUACGGCGGCCCCAUCACUGGCAAUUGCAAGGCGGCCAUGGACGCGCAGGGCUUCUCCGGCCACGUGGUGGUCAUGGAGGGCGCGGGGCACAGCUUCCUCUACACGCACGACAACGCGUGGCGCUCCGUGCUGGGCGACUUCUUGGCCUGCCCCACUGCCACGUCCCUGCCGUCCUUGCAGAGGCCCGGGUGCCAGGAGCAGGACGGAGUCUACACCUGCGAUGCCCUCAGCGAGUCGUCCCCGUGCGUCGACUGGGAAGUGAACACGUCCGUGGCCCUCGUCGGGGCAAUCUCGGGCAGCUGCGACCCGGGCGACGAAAACGAAGCCUCUGCGGCUGCCCGCACGGCCAAUGCUCUUGCUGCCGCACUUGGGCCGCUGGCUGCGCUGUGGUGGGCAGCGUAA